AUGAUCGAAAGAACUAUCGCUGAUGUGACUGGUGAAUCCACCAAGGCGACCACCCUGAUUGCACUGCAUUCUUGGGCAUGUCCUGAAUGUGUGCUGAGCUGUGAGAUUGGUGGUUUGGAGAUGUUGGUGGUGGCGGUUGAUUGUGUUGCCAUUUUGGCGACGGAACGACGAGCCACCGGCUCGGCUGGACAAGCGGCCAUCUGUUCAUAUUCCUUGUUGAUUGGGUGA